GGAAACUGAGGUUGCUUAGCAACAACCAGAGGGGCUGGGUCUCGAACCCAGCUUCCAAGCUCGGACUCAAACUGAGCUAGGGAGCGCUACGACACUGCCUCGAAUUGUGGAGACUGCGCGAAGGCGAAAGGGCCGGGCAAGCAGACAGGAAGCUGCCUCUGCCCACAACAAAGAUGGCUGCGAAGAGAGCGGAAGUUCCGCACUUCGGGCCUCUAGGGUCUCUCUUUCUCUCCCGGAGGCCUCGCGCUCUAUGGUGGCGUGACGGGGGCGGGGGAGGUGGCACGCUCCUAACUGGGCAAGGAGUGAGGUGCUAACUAGGUCCGAGCCCGCAGCGGGCUCAGCUGGGGGGAGGGGGGUUUGACAUGUCUCUCGAAGACCCUUUUUUUGUAGUUCGAGGCGAGGUGCAGAAGGCGGUGAACAAUGCCCGUGGGCUGUACCAGCGCUGGUGCGAGUUCCUGCAGGAGGGCGCGGGGGUCGGCCGCGAGGAGCUGGACUGGACGACCAACGAGCUGCGGAAUGGCCUGCGAAGCAUUGAGUGGGACCUCGAGGACUUGGAAGAGACCAUCGGCAUUGUGGAAGCCAACCCCAGCAAGUUCAAGCUCCCAGCCGGGGACCUCCAGGAGAGAAAAAUGUUCGUGGAACGGAUGCGGGAGGCCGUCCAAGAAAUGAGGGACCAUAUGGUCAGCCCAGCGGCUGUCGCCUUCAUGGAGAGGAAUAAUAGAGAGAUGCUGGUGAGCAAGCCGGCUGCCCAGAAGCCACCCAGCGACCUGCUGGAUGCCAGCGCCAUCUCGGCCGCCUCUCGGUACAUCGAGGAACAGCAGGCCACGCAGCAGCUGAUCCUAGAGGAACAGGACCAACAGCUGGAGAUGGUGUCUGGGAGCAUCCGGGUGCUGAAACACAUGUCUGGCCGCGUCGGGGAGGAGCUGGAUGAGCAGGCAUGCUGGAUGCCUUCGCUCAUGAGAUGGAUCACACGCAGUCCCGGAUGGAUGGCGUCCUGAGGAAGAUGGCCAAAGUGUCGCACAUGACAAGUGACCGUCGACAGUGGUGUGCUAUCCUGGUCUUGCUGGGAGUGCUCCUUCUGGUCCUCAUCCUCCUGUUCGCCCUCUGACCCCAGCCCACCCUGGGGGGCCAGGGAACCGCCAUGCUAAGUACCCUGGGAGGAGAAGGCCCCCUGGGGAGCUGUCCCCAAGGCUCACAUCCAGAGCCAGAGGGGCCCUCAGGGUCCUGGGCUGGAGCCCCUGCUGCUGGUCCUGUCUCAAGUGCGCUUAGGGGGUGGUGGAGGUAGGGUGACCUUGGACACACACCUCUCCCCAUUUUUACUGCCCCUGUCCCAAAGCCGAAUGCCCUGUGCCUUCCGCAUGUGCCAACUUGGCAAUAAAAUCUCAGCCUUUUUUGUACACAUUUGUCCCCUGUG